AUUUUAUUUUGAAAAUUUGAAUUUAUUUGUUUGGUUUCUUCCACUUACGAUUGCUGUGCUUCUGACUGUUUACGGAAUAUAUUUUCCCCGCUUCCAACUUGGAAUUCUUACUGUAGUUAGCUGGGUUUGGGACGCGUUAGAAUAGCUGGCUUAUCGGUCUCUGGUCACAAGUCUUUGUUCCGUUCGCUGACUAAGUGAAUUCGGACGCUUCAGAUAUAACAGAUUAACAUUUCUUUUGUAUCGAUAAACGUUUUCAGUUUGAUAAAAGUGCUCAGUACUUAAUACUUUUCUACAAUCAUUGAACACUCCUGGCUGUAAAUUUUUUAAGGUAAAAAUAAUCUUGGUAAUGAUGAUCACUAACUUUACUCUCUUUUCUAUUAAAUAGCAUAAUGAACGAACUAAAUUGAUACAAUGACUUUCUGGCCUUGUGUACACAAAUACUGUACAACUUUAUCAUGUGUGAAUUAGUGGAUUAUUCUGAUUCUGACAAAUCUGAAUCGGAUAUUUCAUUGAGUGAAUAUGAAGAAGGUUCAGUAAAAUUAUCAAAUUCAUCUAAUUUUCAAUCUUUACAAUCUGUUCAUAUAGCUGAAGAAGAUUUUUUCAAUCUGAAGGACAAUAAUGAUGAAAGCAAUACUAAUUUUUGGACAUCUACAAUACAUGAUAAUGACUUAUUGCCAAAUACAGUGCCAAUGAUCAAUAAAGAUGAUAAACUUUUGUCAUUACAAAAAGAUAAAUAUUUAGAAGAAGAAAAUUUACUGAAAAUCAUUGAUACUUCUUCCAGUUCACGGAAUCAUAUUGAAACAUUGAACGGUAAUAGCAACUUUCUUAUUUCCUAUGUUAUUGACUAUAAAGCAUCUAAUAUUGUUGAUACCAAUAAUACUGUAAUCUAUCCUCGUCUCUCACUUCAAUGGCCAUAUCUUGCAUUAUGUGGACCAUUAUGCAAACAAUCAAAUGAAACGAUUGAUAAACUAUCAUCACAUAUUUUGAUAUGGCGACUUCCAUAUACUGAUAGUGCAAAAAAUUCACCUUCACUUAUUUGUGAUUAUCGAAUUCAUUUAGAUCAUGAACUGACUUCUAAUUCAUCAUCAGUACUAUCACCAUAUUUACGAUUAGAUUCUUAUUGUUGGACAAAAUUUCAUUCUUCUAUAACAGAUUCACAAUGUUUACAAUUGAUAGCAGCUACUUUUAAAGGAUUAAUUGAAAUUUGGGAUAUUAAUCAAGGUAAAAAGAUUAGACAUUUCAAUGUAUCUUCACAAACUGGUCCAUUAUUACGUUGUGCAUCAUUACCAGUCGAUAACGAUUCCUCUUUUCUAUUAACUGGUGGUAUCAGUGGUAUUAUAAGUUUAUGGGAUUUGCGUAUAUCAACAUCCAAAGUACCUCAAUUAAAAUAUUCUCAUACAGAAUUAAAAACUUCAAUAGCUGAUUUACUUUGGCUUAAUGAAAAUCAAUUUAGUUCAUGUUCAGAUACUGUUGAUCGAAAUAAUUGUGAACAUAAUAUAGCUGUAUGGGAUAUACGAUUUGCUAAACCAAUAUCUCAUCAAUUAUAUCAAGAACGUUGGGGUUGUAACAGAUUGGCUUUAAAACCAAAAUAUCAUUCUAAUCAAAAUAUUCGUUUUGCUGUACAAACUCAUGGUGAUGCAAUUGUUGAAAUCUAUAGUAAAAACUCAAAAAAAUUAACAUCUUCAAAUCGUUUAAGUUAUCAUUUAGAGAAACGUUGGCGUUAUGAAGGACAUCAGUUCUAGAUGAUCAUAAUUAAUUCAUUAUCGUGCAAAAAAUGAUUUCAAAUGAACCGUUGAUAAAUCAGCACAACAUCCACUUACGAGGAUAUAAUUUUCCCGUCGAUGCAUUUCAUUGUUGUAAUACAUGUCAUAAUUGUACUCCUUAAACAAGUUUUGAACUAGUCAACUCAAAACAAUCUUAUAUCAUAUAAUUGUUUCUUAUAUUAAAUGUGAGGUGAUAUAAAGUAGUUCGAUUGUUUGACCAGAAAUUACUCUUAAGACUUAGUUAUCGGGAUAUAUAUGAAAAUGAUGCUUCCCUGUCACACAAGGUUAAACCGGAUUUAUUCGGUCCACAACUGAUGUCUGAUCAUAAAUUGACAAAGUUGACUACGAAGCAAUCUGCCUGAAUUAUUUCACUGAGACGUACAAUAUUACACACACACAUUUUUGAAUGUAACGAUAUUACUCAUAAUGUGGUGUGAUCUACUUAUAUCCA